AUGAGGCGUCAUCGCGAAGCUGGGAUUCGAAGGGGUCAUCGGGGCCCGAACAUAGCCCUGCAAACAGAAACGGGACAAGAACCACGAUAUCGCAAGCACUUAACGCGUCGCACGCUCGUCCGAUCUGCGUCGUGCUUCUCUCGCUUCAUCAACCGAUACGACAGCCACGAGAUAUUAAUUCUUGUCGACGGGAAUUGUAUCAACAAUGGGAGCAAGGACGAAAUGGCCAGGCCGUCCGGUGGAUGCAGUUUCACAUUCAAAGGGCCGGGGAGAUACGGCUCCGAAGUAGAGCUUCCUUUUAAGGACGACAUAUAUCAUGAUGGUGGGAUGAUUGGAUUCCCUCUAGAGGAGUCUGGACCUGGAGGUGAGAGUUACAAUGCGACGAGCAACAGGGCGAAGCUUAGGGCGGUUAUUGCGGCGCUCGAAUUCCGCGUUUGGCAAGACGAAGGGUGGCGGCGCAUCGUCAUUGCGACCGAUCUCAAAUAUGUUGCCGACGGCGCGACAAUUUAUCUACGCAAUGGGUUCGGCGCGGUUGGCGAAAUAGCAGAUUCAAGAGCAUAGCUAACAGAGGCCUAUGGGAGAGACUCAACGGGAUUAUUGAAAGCCUACAAAGAUCUGGUACUGGGGUUUCGUUUUGGCUACUUUGCUCUGGUAGCAUGGCUAAGACCCGGUCGGCCUUGGUACGCGAGACCAAAGCCGCCACUAAGGAGGCUGCGAUUGAACACAUCGAUGAUGUUGCGCUUGAGUUUACAAGACUAUGUGGCAUUAUGUUAUAAAUCCGAAGGACUGUUUGCGAAGCUUUUGAGGGCUGUAUACCUUUCAUACGUAUUAUAGAGAGUAUCAAGAGAAAAAGAUCAGGUACCUCCUAAGGCGGCAAGUGACUGCUGUGAUACUGCACUUCGAUGCACAUCUCGAGUUGCAAGCACAGUUUCUGGAAGCUUGACAAAAAUCUUCACGAGCGUUUAAGU